AUGGAUCUCUGCGGACGCCAGAAAGUUGUUCGGCGCAAGAUGGUGCUAUUAGGCGAUGGUGCUUGCGGUAAAACCUCGGCCUUGAACGUGUUCACCAGAGGUUAUUUCCCAACAGUCUAUGAACCGACCGUCUUUGAAAACUACGUUCACGACAUCUUCGUCGAUAACGUUCACAUGGAAUUGUCGUUAUGGGACACCGCCGGCCAGGAAGAAUUCGACCGCUUACGGGCCCUGUCAUACGAAGACACGCAUGUCAUUAUGCUCUGCUUUAGCGUUGACAGCCCCGAUUCGUUCGAAAACGUGGCCAGCAAAUGGAUUGAGGAGAUAUCAGAAAACUGCCCUGGUGUGAAACUGGUCCUCACAGCUCUCAAGUGUGAUCUGCGUAAAGAUGAAUUCUUGAACGACAACCCAAACGUCAUUACUUACGAGCAAGGACUGGCAAAGGCCAAGGAAAUCGGGGCCGUCAAGUACCUAGAAUGCUCUGCUGUGCAAAACAGAGGCAUUAGAGAAGCCUUUUACGAAGCCGCCAAAGUCGCCCUCGACGUCAAGACACAGAGUUCCGGCUCGCAAAAUCGCUGCGUUAUCCAAUGA